ACUAGAUCAAGGUAGAUCCAUAGGUACAUCGGCAUUGCCUGAAUUGUGAAUAAUCUGCGAGAACCGUCCAUGGUUCAGAUCCAAAUUCGAGAUGUUAAGAAGAAUGAAUCCUCCCCACUCCCCUCCAGCCCUUCUGGGUCUUCUAGGUCCCUUAGGUUUCUUAGGUCUCACGUCAGGGUGGGUAUCGAUGCUCAACAGAUAUCUCGCCUUUGUAUAUAGCAGUGGCGGGCUGCUCUCUUUUCAUGAGUCCUAGCUGCUUCCGUCUUUGCAGCUCGUAACACCAACACCAACGCCCAUUUCCUAAAAGGUCGGCGAUAAUCGGGUUGUCAUGUCGUACCCAUCGGCAUUGAUGGGCCAAGACCCGAUCAGUGAGACGGAUGCGCUGAUUCGAAGAGGGAUUCUAAUUGUUGCGCCUUCGCAACUUAAUCCAAACAAAUCCGAACCCUUUGGUCCACCUAGGCCGGUUGACUAUCACUUCGAGACGAAUGCUCCAUCGUUGAUAGGAGGAGAAGCAGUUUCAAUAUUUUUUAUUGCUCUAUUUACCGCCCUAAGAGUUUAUGUUAGAUUGUUUAAGAAGAAGAAUUUUGGUCUUGAUGACUAUUUAAUAAUACCCGGAGCUCUUGGUGCUAUCAUCUACCUAUCACUCGAUAUUGCUUCUCAUACGAAAGGCUGUUUAGGAAAACACAUAUACGACUGCACAUACACUGAGGUCUACUGGUUUAUGCGAAUUGCCGACGUUGAGCAACCUCUCUUUUACUUCAGUGUCUUCUGUGUUAAGCUUAGCGUUGCCUUCGCGAAUCGGCGUAUCACUGGUCUGGCCUCCAAAAGAUGGAUGAUAGUACACUGGGUAUUCAUCUGCCUUUUUUUGGUUCUCUUGCCUACCACUGUAUUCAUUCAGGCUUUCCAAUGCCUACCAGUUCCAGUGCGCUACUCCCUAAUUGCCAUUGGCAGCUUGACCGACCCAACUCAAAUUAAAUGUCUCAACAUGUCGGCCGUGAGUCUUGCAACCCGCGUUCUCCAUAUUCUAACAGACGUUGCUCUUCUCUGCGUCCCAAUUACUAUUAUGGCUCGCCUACAAAUGCCAUGGAAGAAGAAGGCCCGUCUCAUUUCUAUCUUCGCUCUAGGUGGAAUGUCGACCCUCGCCUCGAUCCUUCGAAAUAUCGACAUUUUCCAUUACAACAAUGACAUCACUUGGCAGUACUACGGAGUAUAUGCGUGGAACACAAUUGAUAUCACUUUUGCUGUUAUUGUAGCUUCGCUACCUGCACUAAACAGUCUCCUCGACGUGUGCAUCGACGGGUUCAAGUCGUUAACCAGCCGAAACAGCUCGAAACCGUCACUUCGAUUAGGUGCUCAUGGAUCAGAGCAUUCUAUGGAAAGAAAAUUAUGGAACAGAAAACCCUCGGAUGGCGACUCCGGUGUGGCCGUUCAAGCAGCUCCGGCUCCAGCCCCCGCUGCUGAACAAGUAUCCGAACACGUACCUUCGCCUCAUGGACAAGAGCCUGUAACCUAUGAGCAGACAUCCGGCGCUUUCGUACAAGCACCAACCGAUCAGACGCAAAUGCCUGUAUAUUACGUGCCAGCUACGACUGAUCAGGGACAAGCACCCGUAUAUUACGGGCAGGUCCAAGCAGACUAUGGGCAACAGCCUGCUACACAAGGGCAAACCCCCUAUGCCUACGCGCACGCGCCGUCCGCUUACGAAUAUGAAGCCUCUGGUUCGUUUCAUAGAUAGGAAAUGGGUUAGGUUAAAAAUAGUUAAAAAUGAGAAAAAAAUCUAUAAAAAUUUGAACAAUUAAAACAUCG